GUUCUGAGGUCAUGAAACUUAAUCCACAGCAAGCUCCAUUAUAUGGUGACUCUGUUAUUACAGUGCAGCUGACUGAGGAAGAUAAAGUUGAAGAUGAUGUAGUUUUUUAUUUGGUCUUCACUGGAUCAACUGUCCAACACUGCACAAGCACAAGAAAGAUUAAUCCUGGGAGUCUGGAGACAAUUUCUCCUGGCCAUGACUGUUGUGAGACAGUGAAGGUGGCACUUUGUGCCUCCAGAGAAGGUCACCCCGUUCUGGUUGUGGCAGAAGAGAGUUUCCAGUUUGUCCAGGAUGAAGCCUACGAUGCCGCCCAGUUUCUGGCCACCUGUGCUGGCAACCAGCAGGCGCUGAACUUCACGCGGUUCUUGGACCGGUCGAGACCCCCUGCGGCCGACGUGGACUUCCUGGACGAGAAAGUGGCUUUGGCGUUUCGACACCUGAAACUUCCGGCAGAAUGGAACGUGCUGGGAGCGGAACAGUCUCUGACCGAGAACAUCCCUCGGGAGACACUGAUGCAUUUUGCGGUGAGGCUGGGUCUGCUGCGGCUGACGUGGUUUCUGCUCCAGCAGCCGGGUGGAAGAGGAGCUCUGAGCAUCCACAACAACGAGGGGGCAACGCCCGUGAGCUUGGCCUUGGAGAGGGGCUACCAGAAGCUGCACCAGCUCUUGACAGAGGAGGAGGCCAGGGAGCCAGACUCGUGGAGCACCCUGUCCCACACGGUGCACUCGGGGGACUACAGCGUGAAGCACCACCGCGGGCUCGACGUGUACCUGCUGACGGCUGAGGCCAAGGAAGGGGCGGCGUCCAGCUGGGAGAGGGACAUACGGCACCUCCAGAUGCACAUGCAGAGCCACCAGCACAAGAGUUCGAGACAGCAGACAGAGCCUGUACUGGGGGAUUCUGGAGACAGCUGUGCUAAAGGAGCAGAGCCAGAUGGUCGCCUGACCACUACCUCUCAGAGCCUUGAAGAAAUGGCAGGAGAAGAAAGGCAGGAAAACCCAUCUGAUCUGGUUCACCUGGACUUUGGGCAGCUCUCAGACCAAACCCAGCAGAAGGAGAAAUGCAACAGCAGGAGUUUGGGAACUUCUAAUGAUGCACCCAAUAACUUGGUUAGCCUGGGGGAUGGAAACAGCCCAGAGUCAUUCUGUGAAAGUAAAAACACAGAGAUAUUGUGUAAAAAGGAAGAGGUGGGGCCAACCUCUGCUGAAGGCUCUGGGACUGUAUCAGAUGAGAAGGAAUGCACUGUGAGCCCGUGUGCAAGUGUAAACGGUGCUGUAAAUCUUCCACCCUCUGGAAAUACAAAUGAGGCAGCUGGAAUGACAUCUGCUGGAGUUGUUCUGGAUCAGGCUGGCUUGGGCAGUACAGAUAUUGCCCAUCAGGAAGUGCGAGGUGCCGAGCAGUGUGCAGCUGGCAGUGCUGCUGCUGUGGUUGCAGCUGCAGGUGAAGCCCCAGCUUCCUCGGAGGGCCUGGAUGUGGUUAUGGGCCAGGCUGAAUGCAGGAACUGUACCGGGGCCGCUGAGAGGGCUGCGAGCCAGCGGCAGGGAGAGGAUGGGAUGGCAGAGGCGGGCAAGAGGACUGCAAACCUGGAAGAGGAAUCUCCAGCUGAGGAGGAGUCAGCCAGUGCUGCUCAGCCCUUACUCAGUGAUUUUAAUGGCACUGAGUGUUUAGAUGGGGAGGAUGCAAACAUGGGAGUGGCACCGGCCUGGGACGGUACAAAUGCAGGUGGUGGCACUGGCGAUGUCCCUGAUGACCUUUGCAAGACUGGCGAUAACAAAGAGACUGGAUCGUGCACUGCUCAGGUAAACGGUGACUUCGUGGAAAGCCAAGGCAAUGCCUGUGUCACAGCAAGGCAGGAUAUUACUGCAAGCACUGGGGAAGGAAUACCAGCAGUGAAUGGGGUGAAGGUUCCUGCAUGUGCAUCAAAACCUGAUCCUGGUUCAGAGAUCCAUCACAGCAGUAAGAGCAAGGAGCGAGAAAGGCAGGUGGAAGCAGGUUGCACAGAUGGAAAAUCCAGCUUGCCCUCACUGGCAGGCAAUGUGGAAACUGAUGGCGCUGAUGCUGAACCUGAAAACAGCGAUGUUGGUGGAAGCGGUGCAGAACCUGAACAUUGCCAGGAGAGCAGUGAGAUCACUGACCAUGAGGCUGAAACAAUGGAGAGCAGUGAAAAGGAGCCAGUGGGAACUGAUACCAGCAGCCCCAGAGAUGGAGGAAGUGUAAAUUCUGCAGGCCAGGAAGUUGAUGGCUAUUGCCUUUCUGCUGCUCAAAGUGGCAAUAAAGAUGAAAUGGGCAACAGCUUCAAACCAGUCACUGCUCAGGAGAGCGAACAUGAACCUGCUUCGCUCCCUCCAGAGGACGUGAGCACAGGCCUGGCAGAGAAGGAGCCUGCCCAGACCCAAGCAGAGACAGCAGAAAGUGCUUCAGAGCAGCAGGGGCUGAACAAUGAAGUGAAAUCGCCCACUCCCCUGCCCAGAGAAGAGGGACCGGCUCUGAGUCAGGAGGGAGAUGCUGCAGUGGCACCUCCUGGGCAGGAGGCAGCUCUGCAAGGUAAUGACUCUGGAUUAGUGCCAUGUGCCAGUGGUGCAGACUGUGCCAAGGAUAAUUUAAUGGGCACACCCUCUGCAAUUCAUAAUGAGGACUCUAAACAAAACCAGGAAGCAGUGGCGGUGGGGGCAGACUCAGCAGAGCUCUCCUGGCAGCACGGUGGGGUAGCUGCCGGCAGGCCUGGGGACCGUGCUGGGGAUGAGGGCUCCCUGGAGCAGGGCCUCUCUCAGGCUGAAGGAGGCAAAGAUGAGCCUGAGUGGGAGGCUCAUGCGAAUGGCAAGGAGCAGGUUUUGUCAGAGGAACUUCCUGCUGCUGUUGUGAAACCCUCUGCCUGCAGUCUCGGGGGACCCGUGGUGGGCAGCAGCAAUGUGGAUGCUGGGCUGAAAGAGACAGUCCAACCUGAAGAAGCGUGCAAGGCCGGAGCAGUGGCCACAGGAGAAGGCACCAUGCACGGACCUGCACCAGCAGAUGAGUCACUGGGUGCGGAGAGUGACCCCUGUCUGAAAGCAGGGCUGAACCAAGAACGUGAUCCCAGUCAGACCCUGCAGCGGAUCUCCCCGCACAGCAGCACCCCCGAGUUAAAGGACACCUCAGAAACGGGAGCCCCAAGUGAUGCCUGUGAGGGUAAGGAAGUACUGAGGCCGGUGACGAUGACCCCUGUGGCAGCAUAUCCGGAGGAGCAGGAGGAUUCGGAGAGUGUGCUUCCCCGGGCUGCACUCCAGCCCAUCGCAGAGGAGCCCACGUGCGACAGCGACUCCAGCACCGACACUGUUUGUCCGGCCAGUGAGACAGAUGCUGGUCCUGUUGGGAAAGCAGCUCAAGGGGAGGCUUUGAAUGAGCCUGAUGGAAAGCAAAGCCAAGAUGUACCUGAAUUGCCCUUCUCACCGUGUUCCUGCCGUUUACUUGCUGUUGAGUCACUGGAAAAUGAGGGAGUGAAGAGUUUGGUAUCGGCAGACGAUGGCGCCUCUCUGGAUAAAGUUCCUAAAACAGUAAAAAGCUUUGAUGCAGUGGUUUUUGCAGCAGAGACACCUUGUUCCUCUGAAUUACCAGCCCCAGAAAAAGGGGUGCUUGAGCCCCAGGUUGCAGUGGACGUUGGAGUCAGCCUUAAUGGAGAAAUGGAUUUAAGUUCCUCAGCAAAGAAGAAGAAUGUCAGCCUGGCAGUGCAAGGAGCUGAGCCUCUCACAGGGAAGCUGGAAAUGAAAACUGAGGACGAGGUGGAUUUUCUGAAAGACGGCACCGGGAGCGCAGCCCGCGAGGAGGCGUGAAAGCUGGUGU